AUGCCAGCUGCUGCGUGCGUCAAUUCGUUGAGGCGCUUUGUGAGUCGCGUUGGUCGCGUUCGCGUUAUACAUUGCGACAACAGCACCUCGUUCGUCGGCGCGUUCCGCGAGAUAAAGGAGAUGCGACAGCAACUCGUCCAGCAGCUGAAGUCCAACAAAUGGGCUAACGAGUGCCUGAAAAAGGGCAUCGAGUUCCAGUUUAUUCCCCCGAGAGCACCGCAUUGUGGUGGGCUGUGGGAAGCUGCGGUGAAGAGCUUCAAGCACCAUCUCGUCAGGAUCAUCGGCUCAUCACCUUACCACUUUGACGAUUUUCGCACGACUGUCGCUCAGGCGGAAAGCAUCAUGAAUUCCCGUCCUUUAACUCCACUUUCCAAUCAUCCUGAAGACCUCUCCGUGCUCACUCCUGCCCAUUUCCUGCUGGGUGAACCAGCCAUCUGGCUUCCCAAGCCAGACUACUCAAGCAUUCCCGCUUCCAGACGACACAGCGAGCCAUGA